AUGCCACAAAGACAUCUUGAAUUUAUUCCUCCCACCGACACAUUUGCCACGCGGGCUGUUAUCGCCCAGCUGGUCGAGCGGGCGGUCGAGUGGCGUGGUGGUGUGCAGGCGCGCCUGGUGAGCGUCCAGGAGCUGCUGGGGCUGGUGCGCGGGCAGCGCUUCGCGUGGUCGCUUUCGGAAGCGCGCUGGCAGGCGCUGCUGGUGACGGAGCCGCGCUACGCCCUCCGCCUGCGGCUAAUGCGCCGGCGAGCCGGUCGCUCCCAGGUGCACCUCUACGCGCGCAGGAGCUGGCCAUGGGUGGAGGCGCUGGACGCCCUGGUGCUGCGCCUGGCGGCUUCGGGGCUUCCCGACACCUGGGAGAAGCGGUUCCGGCGCGAGCAGCGGUGCUGCGCAGUCGGCAGGGGGACGACUGAACGCGCGCGCUGGACGACGCGAUCGACUCCUCCCUGCACUCCAGCA